GGUCCUUCUCUCAGGACUAGAAGGUAACAAUAUGCUGCCGUAUUUUGCAGUUCUGGGAACCCUUUCCUGGAAGGAAGACGUGGGAUGUAGCUGGGUUUGCUUUUAAGCAAAUGCGUUCUUGAUUGCGUUGUCACUCAGAAUAGAUAAGGAACCUCGACUUUGGAGUUUCCUGCCCGUCGGUGUUAUCAGGAUGAUGGAGGGAGGUCGAAAAAUCGGUCUGGGGAGUAAACAUGAGGCUGCACUUUGUUCUGCUUAACCAUCCUUUGUAGCUUUCUGGGGGCAAGGAGCAGAUUGCCAGAUUCUGACUACAGUGUGUGUAGUACAGUAUUAAAUCUCUUAAUUAGAAUUUUGUUUCUAUACUGUAUAUGGCAUAAUCUCUGGUUCCCUCUAGUGGCCAGUUCUAGACAUAUGUAUUUCCUGUUUUUUAUUUUUUCAUUUAAUAUUUUCAGGAUAUGGAUAAGUGAAACCGCAGAUACUGAUUCCUUGAUCACAGUGGUCCUAUAAAUAAUUUAUAUGCAGAUAUCUCAAGUUUAAUUAUUAGGAUCUUCAAAUUAAGGAUUUCCAACUAAAGAGAUAAGAAGACAUCUACAGUACUUGAUAUGCUGGAGAUUUCUUUCAGUGUGGAUAAUAAGCUAGCUUGAAGUGUUUGUUAAAUCUUUCAAAACUGGUGUAUUCAAGUGUAAUAGUUUGGAGAUCCAAAACAAUUAUUGUGUGUCACAAUGGCCUCUUCCUCUGACCUGAAAAAGCCCUGCCCUCUGAACACAUCAUUGCUUCCAGACCUACCUAAUGGACCACUCUGUGCCUACCGGAAAAAAGCAUCUUUUAAUUGGAAGGAGAUGGCCCUGUUUAUAGAAGAGGAUGAUCUCAUCAGAUUUAAGAAUAAAAUAUUCUCCGCUCUUGAAAAUGAUCCUCUUUUUGCUCGUGUUGCUGGAGAAGAAUUAUCACUCGAGAAAUAUCGUGAAUUAACCUUCCUUCGCUGUAGAAGGCUCUUUGAAUAUGAUUUUCUAAGGCUAGAAGAAAUAAUAGAGAAACCAUUAAAACUCGUGGUGCUGAUUACUUGCCUUGGGAUGUAUGAUUGGUCUCUUGGAGCCAAAUAUUUGCUCAAUUCCCAGGUAUUCAAAGGUGCAAUUGAGAGUGCAGGCUCUGACAAGCAUGCUGAAUUUAUUAAACAGAAUGAAAAUAUGGAGAACUUUGGAUGUUUUGCUCUGACUGAAGUAAGCCAUGGCAGCAAUACCAAGAAUAUGCGGACAACUGCUACAUAUGAUCCAACUACACAGGAAUUUGUUAUUCACUCACCUGAUUUUGAAGCUGCCAAGUUUUGGGUUGGCAACAUGGGGAAAAUGGCAACACACGCAGUUGUCUAUGCACAGUUGUACACUCCAGAUGGGCAGUGCCAUGGAUUACAUUCUUUUAUUGUACAGAUUCGAGAUAAAAAAACACUUCUUCCAAUGCCAGGAGUGCUGGUUGGUGAUAUAGGCAGGAAACUUGGACAGAAUGGUUUGGAUAAUGGGUUUGCCAUGUUUCACCAUGUCAGGAUCCCCAAGGAGAACUUGCUGAACCAAACUGGAGAUGUCACAGCUGCGGGGACCUACACAAGUACAUUCAAGGAUCGCAAGCAGCGGUUAGGAGCAUCCCUUGGUGCUUUGUCCAAUGGAAGAGUUAUGAUUAUUUCCAUGUCUGUAGUAAAUUUGAAGCUUGCCAUAUCAAUAGCUGUUCGUUUCUCAGCUACCCGGCGUCAAUUUGGACCAAUAGAUGAUGAAGAAAUACCAGUUCUGGAAUACCAAAUGCAGCAAUGGCGCUUGCUUCCUUAUUUAGCAGCCACAUAUGUAUUAGACCAUUUCUCCAGGACAUUGUUCAUUAACUCUAUGGAGUUCUACAUCGGUGUCCUCAUGAAGGACAAAAGUCCACAGCAGGCUGAACUUGGCCGUGAGAUACAUGCCUUAUCUACUUCAGGAAAGCCGCUGGCCUCUUGGCUUGCACAACAAGGAACUCAAGAAUGUCGAGAAGCUUGUGGGGGACAUGGCUAUCUAGCCAUGAAUCGCCUGGGUGAUAUCCGUAAUGACAAUGACCCAAACUGUACUUACGAAGGAGACAAUAAUGUUCUGCUACAGCAAACAAGCAACUACUUACUAGGAUGGAUGAAUGGCAAACACCAAGACAAAAGUCCUAUUAAGUCACCACUGGGAUCAGUAAAUUUUUUGGAAGACUAUGAUCAUAUCCUUUGUCAGAAAUUCACUGUGUCAAAUGUUCAAGACUGCAUGGAUUCUUCAGUAUCAUUAAAAGCAUACAAAUGGCUGGUUUGUUACCUGCUAGGAGAGAGUAUUGAAAAGCUAAGAAGCCUGAAGGAAUGUGGUUGUACUGAAUUUGAGGCAAAGAACAACAGCCAGGUGUACUAUUGUCGUUCUCUAGCUAUAGCAUUUAUUGAACACACUGUGUUGCAAAGGUACUUUGACUACGUUCACAGUUCCAACACACCAGCUAGUCUUCAACCAGUGCUGAAAGCGAUUUGUUCAUUGUAUGGGCUAUGGUCUUUAAGUAAGCACAUGGUGGUACUCUACCAAGGUGGCUACAUUUCAGGAGACAAUGCUGGUAGACUUGUACAAGAUUCAAUUCUAGAACUCUGUUCAAAGCUAAAGCAAGAGGCUGUGGCUUUGGUGGAUGUUAUUGCUCCUCCUGACUUCAUUCUCAACUCACCAAUUGGCAGGGCUGAUGGAGAGCUGUAUAAAAAUCUGUGGAGCUCUGUUCUUCAAGGGGAGAAGGUGUUGGAGAGGCCAUCCUGGUGGUCAGAAUUCUGUAAUAAUAAACCUGUGGUAGGUCGACUGAGGUCAAGAAUGUAGAUAGGAGAGUAUUUUGGAAUAGUCUAGGAAGGCCCUGGAUAGUUAAUCCUAAUCUUCCUUUAUGAGAUAAACAAUCAUGUUAGGUAAAUGUAAUUUUGUGAAGGAAAUGCUAACAAACACAAGGCUUUCAAUAGCAUUUAAGCCAAUUUUCAAGAAUGUUAGCACAAUCAAGGACAGUGCAGUCCACAAUUACCUUGUAUCAUAGAGUCAGGACAUAUACAAAUGAAGUCAAAUUAAAUGGGAAAUUCCUUAAAGCUUGAAAUGGUAGUUAGAAUUCUGGGUCAAUUAAAGAUAAGCUAUUUAGUUUUUGCAACAGUUACUCCAAAUCUGAAAUAAUGUACAACAAACUGAAAGAAAAUUAUUUUGGUACAAAGUCAAUUGGAUAUUCUGUUGAUUUAAACUUAAAUGGUUGUGCCUGGCUCAAAUGAAGUCACUGCAGAUUCCUGUUAAAAUGCUGGACAAAUAUAUCUGGGUUACUGUUAAUAUAAUUCUACUAUUCUUCCAGUAUAUAGCAGGUGAGACGUUUCUGACUUUGUUGUAUUUUUUAAAAAUCUCUGAUGCAAAUAUUAUCUAAUUUAUAUUUUAAUUUAUAUUAAUGAAUGUGCUUUUUAGAACUGUUUUUAGAAGCAGAUGCCUAAGGUGGCUGAUUUCAGCCCUUUAUCUUAAUAUAUCUUAAAUGUGAAGAUAGUAAUAUAUGUUUGUUCAUGUGUUAGGCAUAUUUGGGAAAUGUGUUUACUGACAUACAUGAUGGAAUAAAUAUUGAUACUGAUUCGAAAAAGGUUCAUUUUAAGUAUAGUUUUUAAAAUCUGUAAAAUGCUUAUAUGUAUAAUUAACUUAGCAUGACAUUGUUUCUUUUCUGUAAGAAGGUGAGAUAAAAAUAUUAGAAGGCAGCACCUAGCCUACAUGCAAGAAGGAACCUCUCUUCUUGGCCUUUGUGUGAAGAAAGCAAUGGGUGGAAGAGGGCAUAGAUCUUCUAUGCAUGUUCAGCAAACCAAGUAAUUUAAAUAGGGUUUAGGACUUCUCUGACUUAAUUUCUCAUUCCCCUGUCCAAAGUAUUCUUGGUGGAUCAACAGGAGAUGUCAGGAGUGCAGUCAGUGGCAGUGAGCAAAUUAUAGGCUAGAUCUGUAACAUCCAUUAAAAAAUUAGAAUGGCUAAUUUUUAUGUGAAUUGUGGACCAAAAUAAAAGGCAUUCAGGCAUCCUA